CGCCCAGCGCAUAGACGGAGCCACCUCCACCACGUCCAACACCACACAAAAUACAAGAUCGUCCGCACCGCACCGCGCCGCUCGCCGCCACGCUUGGGUUGUCGUUAUGUAAUGCCAACGCCCGACCUGCUGGUGCCCGGGCGCUUGCCCUUCACCUGUGGCGAACAGAAGGAAUGAAAAAAAAAAGGCACGAAAAGAGCAAGGAAGAGAAAAGAACAUCGUCGGGCCGCUCCUUGCUAGCUACCCGGCCUGCUGGAGUUUUGACAUGCUUGUGUCCCAACGUCGUGCCAACUUCUCUUGCCUGUCAGAAAGAAAGAAAAAAAAGAAAAAAAAAAAAAAAAAAAAACCCUUCACGCUGCGUCUCCUGCCCCCGACCCUCUCUCUCUCUCGCUCUCCUCCGCUAUGCCACCACACACGCCACACAUCCGAGAUUGAGAUUGCAGCCGCGCCUCCUGAACGCGUGCGUGCUUGCUACAUGUAAGCCACGACAAUAAUAACACAAUAGCCCUUCCCUCUUCCCCGAAAUCCCGCUUCAUAGCGCCCGCCGCGCUUCCUAAUAAAACCGUUGCUUCCUUGCAAUAAAUCGGCUUCAUGCGGCCACGUUUCCGAGCGCGAAUUCAGGGGGGA